AUGAAACUAAGACGCAGCAGGUUGGCCCAGGCGAUUUUUGGGAAACUUCUUCAAGAGGCGUCUCAGUCGAGGCAAUACCACGGCAAUGGUCACGCUUGUGUCAAGCUCUGCAGCUUUGUUCAGCAGUGCGCCAAGUCGAGCGACGAGGCACUGAAGCGAUGGGCUUUUACCGAAUCUUUGUCCAAAGAGCUCUUUCACUUCUACCUCGAAUGGUACGAACACGACCCUCACCGAGCCCUGCGGCUGGUGUUGGAUGUGCUCGUGGUGUCAUCAGCUUCCAACCCAUGCCCUGAAACUGGAAGGGUUGUGAAGGGCCACAUCUUGGAGACCCUCAUCUCGAUCAUCGCUCGCAAGUCCACGCAGCAGUUGACCAAGUCUGGCCUACAGUGUCUUGACCACUUUAUGAACAAGCGCGUGCUCAAGCUAGCUGACAUCGCUGCCGAGUAUAAAAAGGUCGAACCGGUAGUGGCAAGCCUGAUCACAACAUCGCUGGACGGGGAUGCCGCGGAGCCAGUGGGCUUCACCCUGGGUGUUUGGCGACAAUGGCUUCAGGACGCCUUGGCACGCAACCCAGAAAUACUGGAAGAUAUUAAGAACUAUGUGCUUGCUCCGAUGUUCAAAACGGAAAGAGAUGCAUCUCUUAGGCUCCUUGAGGUCUUCAAUCGAAGUCAGCCUUUGACUACUCUUGGAGGCGACUUAAUCGACCAGGGACUCCUACUUCAAUUGGCUGCUCUUGAGCUUGGGAAGAAGAAUGGCAUGGUCGAGGAACCAAGCAAGAGCAGCGAUGUUUCACCAUCAGCGGCGAACAGGGUGGUACUCCAAGAGACUCUUCUCGACAGGCUGCUAGCGUAUCCUUCAGUCUCUGUCAGGUCCAGCGCCUUCUCGCUGCUAGUAUCAUCACAGGCUACGACAAAGCCGUUCUCGGAAGCUGCUUUCGACCUUUUGAAGAAGCAUCUGGCGGCGUUUCAUAUGGAUUACGAUGCCAAAGUCCGCAACGAGGUGCUCGGCCAUACUAAAAAUCUCAUCAAGAGGGCAAAAAACGUCAUCACCGUCGCGCAAAGAAGUCUUGUUGCUCAUAAAUCUGCUGGAGAUGGGAAACACCCGCCGCCCAAGAAGAAGUUUGGCCCCGAGGUUGCGCUCAAAGAUGCUUCCGAAGCAAAAGAGGUCCUUGACCGUCAUGAAGAAUUCCUCCGCUGGUACAUGAUGUUCUUAAGGAACGAGCUUCUACCCACAACGUCGUAUCAGCGGCACAUCACCGCUAUUAAAGCGGCACUCUUGCUUCUCAAGGUGGGAAAACACGCGGGGGAUACUGACGACACAGUCGACAAGGACAUCGCACAAGGAAUAUCGUCUGACUCCACCUGGAUUCGCCUUCUCCUCGACCUCCUGCUUGACCCAUUCGACGAUGUUAGGGAUGGUGCUGCAGCAAUUCUGGCCUUGCUUCCGUCGGGCACCGCGGGAUCUGGCAUAGCCAGUUCUGAGAGCUUCCUCAAAAUCUUGAGAGUUUUCUGCGCCCGAGCCAGCGCUCUGGCUGACAGGACCGGACGAGCAGAUCACGGUGAUGGAGCUGCUCGUUCUCAAGGUCUUCUUUGCAGUUGGAUAAACAAACCAGAUCUACAGAUUGCUCUUCUCUCGGAGAUCCUUGAACGUCUUGAGGCCAAAAUAUCAAAGGCGGAGGAUGACUUGGGCCACGCAGCUAUCGAAAGCCCAGUACACGCGGACUUUGCCGCGAUCAGCUAUGUCUGGCAGGUCAUAGCCAAACAGACUUUCAACGACAAGCAAUUGGAGCUCAUUCACCAUCUGCAGCGCCGUGUCUUUUUCUGCGCGCAGCAGAUAUGGUUUGUAGUAAAGCACGUCCUCUGCGAUGAUUCUCCAGAAGGUCAUUUGCCUGAGGAGUUCGAGGACAUUGAAGGGCUGGAUACCAAAGAUCUCUUAAGUUAUAGCUUCCGGGCAGUUCACGAGUCUAGCAACCUCUUGCGGCUUUUGGUGGGAACACUCAGGCUGAAAAACACAGCUGGCGCGCCCUUACCCCCAAUCGAUGUAUUCAGAGAGACGGGAUAUUUGGCCUUUGAGCAACUCGCAAGCUUACGCCAUCGCGGGGCCUUCUCGACCGUCUCUUAUACCUUCUCAACCUGUUGUCAACUUACCCAGCAGCUCAGAGAGGUAUACCCAGAGAUCGACGAAGCAGAAAACCUGCUUCGUGAAUGGUACCAGGGGGCGAUCGGCUGUAUUAUGACCCAGGCCUCGACGACUCGUCGAUCGGCCGGUAUUCCAUCCCUCAUCGCAGCGGUUUUGACGGCAAAUGCGGCAUCACCGUCCUUCGAUGAGGUUUACGGAACCCUUGAAAAGAUCGGCAGGAAGCCCGUUCGAGUUUCCCAGACCGACGGCUCAAACUUGCCUCAAGUGCAUGCUCUCAACUCGCUGCGGGAAAUCUUCAGGAGCUCGCUCUUGAGCAGGAAGGCCGAGGGCUACCUGGCUCGGACCCUUCAUCUGGCAGCGACCAGCUUAAGAUCCGAGGUUUGGGCCAUACGAAACUGCGGUCUUCUUCUCCUGAGAAGUCUCAUCGACUGCCUUCUUGGCACUGGUGAAAGUAAGGCCGCCAUCGAGUCCGGCUGGGACGGCCAUUCAGUCCGCAUCUCCUACAAUAAAUAUCCAACGUUGCCAGGAGUUAUCCUCAACCUUCUGCGCUCGGCGGACAAGACACUCGAUCAAGCAUCACAGUCUGGCGCUGCUGAGGCAGUGUUCCCAGCACUAGACAUUAUCCGCCGUGCAGGGCCUCCUGAGGAGCACCGUUUAGAGUUACGGAAACACAUCGAGGGGUAUCUUGGUAGCAGCCUUUGGCACGUGCGAGAAAUUGCCGCCAGGACACUGUGCUCUUUUUUGCUGCAAGAAGACUGGGCUCGAGAAAUCGGAAGGCUUCUCGAAGAAUCAGGGGGUGCAACGAAUCGGCUCCAUGGUACCCUUUUGACGGCAAAAUUUGUUAUUGAACGGAAGGUUGACCUAGGGGUGGAUCUUAACUCGGAUUCGGCGUCGGUCCAAGCUCUGUUGCAGCACUUGUCCGACAACCAGGAGGCUUUUACUCACUGCCCAGAGCUCCAAGCGGUGCAUCUUGAAAUCCUCAACCUUCUCUCAAGUUUCGGUUUCCAUUCGCAGGUUGCGAAGGUCACUCAGCUCCCGAGAAGUGCAAAACGACACGGGUCGUCAUCUGCGUUGUUGGACCUUCAUACGUCGUUGAAGGUGGUGCAUGAUACGGCGGCAUCAAGAGAUGUGGAGGGUCUCCGAACGCAUUUCCUCACGACACUCGGUAGCGACGUUAAUACAGCAAGCAGGAUGCUGGAAGCCAUUCCGGAGGCAUGGAAACCAGUGGAGAGUGUUACGACCAGCAGAGCACUUUGUGAGUUGUAUCUGGAAGCCUGCACUGUCUCCUCGGCACCUGAAAUUCGGGCUCAGGCACUCACAAACCUUGGCUUAUUGAUGGAUGGCAUUCUCAACCGUGGGGAAGUGGCAGGGUUGCCGAGUAUCGAACAACUUGAUAGGCUCUGGAGCCAGCUUCAAAAAGGAGAAAUCAGCCCUGCCUUGUCAUGCGCUGCUAUCCAGACAAGUGGCACAAUUAUGGCUGCGUUGGUGUCCCAGGGCACGGGCAACACCCUGGAUAGGGUGCGAAGGCUAAGGAGUUGGGGAGAUAUGCUCAGCGAGAGCUUGGAUGUUGACAACCCGUUUGACAUAAGAUACGCAGCAGCGUCUGCACUCAAGUCCUUCUUUGCUGGAACCAGAAUCCAUAGCUGGGACACACAGUAUCUCCCGUGUUUCUCAGCACUCUACGACAGUCUGAUCGACGACGACGAAGAAGUCCGGGAAACCGCUGCCGUCGCUGCCUCUGCCAUCAUGGGCACGCCCGCUAUCGCCCCGACAGCUGCUGACAGUCUCGUCCCGUGGUUGCUGCGUCAGUUCAAAGAGUCGACAGAAUUCCAGUCGCGCGUGAUCUGCAGGAUGGUUGGCCAGCCGUAUACAGACGACGAGCACCUCCAGCUAGUCCCCGCUGAGGACCAGCUGCACACGGCCAUGGACUUUGACGACUCGCUGUUCGCGGCCGAGGAGCAGAACCUGUUCAUCGACGAGGUGCGGGAGACAGCCCGGUGGCGGGGGGCGUUUGUUGAGAUGCUGCGGCUUGCUGGCGGAAGCAGUGAUGGUCCACUAGGUUGCCUGAAGACAUGGGUUGAAUCUGGGCUCAAGUGCCUCAUCGGGAUCACGAGGACGGAGAAGGACGACGGCCCACUUGGGUGGACGUCGGAUCAGCAUGUGUUUGCUGUCUGCGCCCGCAUCCUGCUCUGCGCUGUGGCGAUUACCGAGGCUGCCGAGAAGCCUGGUGAAGCCGUCAUGGAUCUACUGACUGAGUUGAGGGAGGUGGGAGGACAAACGAGGUUUCACGGAGCAUUGUUGGAGAUGGCAAGAUCUUGA